ACGAUAGCCUACAAAAAUUUUAACACGUCGAACAAGUAAAGAAAAAGGUAUUGAAGGAUGGCGAGCAACAAAGCUGUGACUUUGGGAACAGCCGAUUUUGAAGUUUUCGGCAAAGUGCAAGGCGUUUACUUCAGGAAACACACGCAGAAGAAAGCUCUCGAGUUAGGACUGAAAGGUUGGGUAAUGAACACCGCCCAAGGAACCGUGGUCGGACAACUCCAAGGACCGCCUAAAGCACUACAAGACAUGAAGGUCUGGUUGCAAGAGGUUGGUAGUCCGAAGUCCAGAAUUGAGAAAACUACAUUCAAAAACGAAAGCCCCAUCAACAACUAUGCCUUUAAAUCCUUUGAAAUACGUCACUAGUGUGUAUAAUUUUAUCGAUAACUUUUUUUACUCAAUAAAUAAAUUUUUCCACAUUUUGUAAA